AUGUCUGGACGCAAGCGAGAUUAUUGUCUGGAAGACAUCGCCGCUUUCGAAGCGGCAUCCAGAGGCAUGGGUGGCAGUCUGCAGGUUCUAGCAAGGUUCAAGGGCACACACAUUGCCUGCCUGGGAGGGGUCCUUAACAUUGCCACCCUAGGCAUUGGCAUCUCUGCUCAGCAGUUGAUAACAUUGCGAAUUGACAAUGUCCCGGAUCUAGAUGCCUCUGGGCUUCCAGCACCCGGGCCCGUGUUUCCCCGUACGGCGACAGCGUAUGGAAGUGGAAACUCAAGAGAAUUGCCAUUGUCGACUGAUCUUGCCUUGAGCGUGGGAUUCCUAUCCACACAUGUCAAUUUUCCGGAAGUCAUCUGUCCAACGGGGAACUGUACGUGGCCAAUCAUCCCUACCAUUGGUAUCUGUGGCGCUUGUGACAACGCCACGAGCCAUAUCAAAGUUCUAGACCGAGACCCAAGCUCAUGCGGGGUCGUUCUAUCCGAGGGGGCCAAAUUUGGGUUUCGACCCUGCGAUGAUAUCGAUAUCGAUGACAUCGAGGACAAGCUGGAGUAUCAAUACUUUUCAAUGCGGACUUUGAAGUUCGCUCAGGACACGGACAUGGUCCCAUUUCCCGGAGGUCCCAGAGAAGAGCGCUUAAUCUUCGGCGAGUUUGCGGUCAUUGGGACUAUCCUCAACGCGUCAGUUCGGUCUCAUAAUCUCCUCCCAGAAGACCCUCAGGCAUACCACUGCGGUCUCUGGUACUGCGUUGAGGCUCAUCAAGUGCGUGUAGACUCAGGCAUCGUAAGGGAGGAAGUUGUCGGAGCAUGGAGUGAAGCACGUUUGGCCUCUGGCUUCGACCCAGGAACCUUUCAGAAGCUGCCAGACUCAUUCUUCGCAGACCCAGACGAGGAAUUCACAGUAAUUGAGCCCUUCACCCUCUGGGACCUCGAUGGUAAUGUGACCAUGACCUGGUCUAAGAAAAACAACACGUUUGCUGAUGGGCGAAUGGCGCGCGGACAGGCUCUGCAUGAAGCCUUUGGCGAUAUGGACUCGUUCAUUGCAAAGGUCGCUCGAAGUCUGUCCAACAACGUCCGUGCGAAUUCCACCUCAACGAUGCGCGGCGUCUGGUACCGAGGAACCUCAUACACGAACCAAAUCAGCAUCAUCGUGCGAUGGCCCUGGAUGACGUUCCAGGUGGUCAUGGUGCUGCUCUCCGUCUUUUAUCUUGUGGCCGAGAUGAUCAGGACGGCAAGAAAGCCCGACAUACGGCCUUGGAAAGACGAUGCGCUGGUACCGCUUUGGAUCGAGUUGGACAAGGACAUGAGAGAACAGGCUGCCCAGGGACUCGGUGAGCCCGAUGGCAUCAGACGGCGUAUUGGCAAAGAUUCAGUGCAGCUUUUGAAUGGAGGCAAGAGAAUGCGGAUUUCGGCUGCUUUAGGAUGA